CCACCCCCCCCGCAGAAGCCGAUCCUGCUGCAGGGCCAUGAGCGCUCCAUCACGCAGAUCAAGUACAACCGGGAGGGAGACCUGCUUUUCACCGUGGCCAAAGAUCCCAUUGUCAACGUUUGGUAUUCGGUGAACGGAGAGCGGCUCCCCACCCCCCCACGGGACACCCGGCAUGUGCUCACCGGCUCUGCGGAUAACAGCUGUCGGCUCUGGGACUGUGAGACGGGAAAGCAGCUCGCUCUGGUGAAGACCAGCUCAGCGGUGAGGACGUGCGGCUUCGACUUCGGAGGAAACAUCAUCAUGUUUUCCACGGACAAGCAGAUGGGAUAUCAGUGUUUUGUGAGCUUUUUUGACCUCCGGGACCCCAGCCAGAUCGAGAACAACGAGCCCUACAUGAAGAUCCCCUGCAGUGACUCGAAGAUCACCAGUGCCGUGUGGGGCCCGCUGGGAGAGUUCAUCAUCGCCGGACACGAGAGCGGAGAGCUGAACCAGUUCAGUGCCAAGUCGGGGGAGCAGCUCACCAACAUCAAGGAGCACACCAAGCAAAUCAACGACAUCCAGACCUCCAGGGACAUGACCAUGUUCAUCACUGCCUCCAAGGACAACACAGCCAAGCUGUUCGACUGCACGACGCUGGAGCAUUUGAAGACCUUCCGGACGGAGCGACCGGUGAACUCUGCCGCGCUCUCCCCCAUCUUUGAUCACGUCGUGCUGGGUGGUGGGCAAGAGGCCAUGGAUGUCACCACCACCUCCACCAGGAUUGGCAAAUUUGAGGCCAGGUUCUUCCACUUGGCUUUUGAGGAAGAGUUUGGCAGAGUGAAGGGUCACUUCGGUCCCAUAAACAGCGUUGCUUUUCACCCCGACGGGAAGAG